UCAUUUUUGGCACAAGAUACCCAAUGACACAAAUAUAUCGAAUUUCUGCAGUCAAAUCUCGCCCUUGACAAAAGGGGAUUUGCACAUCUUGAUUUGGUACAAUAACUUACACUUUUUUUCAGAAUUCCAAUUGCCGCUCUUUUUUAGAUACAGAAAUUCAUCACAACCAUGAUGUUAUGAAGAGAUAGACAGGCUUUUUAUGAGCUUAUCCUGUCGCAGUUGGGUAUAUCCAAGUAUCGUCUAGAGCAAUCUCAGAAUAUCCGGAAAGAGUUAUGGUUCAGACAUUAAAGUCCAUGAGGGGUGGUGGAGGUUCUAUUAAAGUGGGAACAACUGGUACGAUCAGUGCCCUCAUGUCAAGAGAAUUAGAUUCAAAAACAUCUGCUUCUCCAACACCUGUAUCACAUAGGUAUAGGUCUCCUUCUGUUUGUUCAUUCGCUGCUGGUGAUGCGACCAGUCCUAAAAGAAUGAAGCCAAGAACAUCAAUUGAUGAAGCUAGCAGCAGUUGGGCAUCUGAAGAUAAUAAAAAUAGCCCAGAGAUAGUCAAGAAGGCAAAGCACUAUAAUUGUAAAACUCCUCAAAGGCCAAUACUAGCAGCAGACAAUUCUUCAGUAGAUGGAACUCCUAUUAGACAGAAAACUGACAGAAAGGGACCGACCUUGGUGGAAAUUGUGGACAUAAAAUGUGGUAGUGCAGAAAAAACAUGGGCAACCCCUAUGAAGAGUCGCCUGAAGAAGCUUGGUUUCUCAAAGCUUUCUGAGAACCCAGCCUAGGUAUGCAGUCUUUAGAUUCCUAUAAGUGAAUCCAGAAAUUGCUAGUGGACAUUAUAUUCCGCAACUUCUACCACAGAACACAUGCUGGUUAUGAGCUUAUUGCUCCCUUUCUUUUUCUUUUUGGGUUUUGUGGCCAAUGAACCAAGCUUUUGUCUGGCGUAACUGCUAGCUGAAGGCACAUCUGCAGGUUGCCAAGGCUUAUUAGAGAUAUUUGAUAUCAUGACAGCCUAUUUCUAGGUUACUGAAGUAGUCGAUUUUUUGCUAGAUGAGGGAUCCGAUUGUGCCUUUGCUCCAUAUUUCAGCUGGGCAAUUUUUCGUUGCCAUCGUUUGAGCAACAGAGAAGCCUAAGCCAUUACAUUUAUUCUAAAUUAGCUUGGUAGGAGGCAAGGUGAUGGCCCUGAGCCUGAGGUUGAAGAGAGGUCACUACGGGCUCGGAUGCUGUUCUGAUUCUUGUAUUGCUCAUUUUGUUUAUGCCUAAUUCCUAGUUCUUUCAUGUAACUUCUUUACUGUAUGUUCUCCAUCUAAUGAAGUGGAAACUAGGGUGAUGGAAGAUUGGAUGGCACUGGCAAUCGCUCUAUUCAUGUGUUUGUAGUAAAAAACAAUAAAGAUGCUCAACUUCCGUGCCAGCUUCUAACUACUUGUGCAUUCAGUUAACUUCAUUUCAAUUUUCAACCAAGAAUUGGUGAUGA